AUGACCAAACUGCUUCAACUAGAGGAGGACUUGAAGUCCAUCCAUUCCAAUUACAUAAAUGAGCACUUUCCCAAUUCCAAAUCCCCCACCGUCAAGGCAACCGAUUUCGAAAUACUAGCUACAAUCCGAUACGAUCCAUCUCUCUCGAAACAACCACCAACAACUUACAAAGAGAUUUCACAUCUGAAUAUCUUUCUUUUGUCAGAACACGUUGCAAGGCUUGACUACACUUUUAAAUUCUUUCACAAUUUGUACGGUACAUCGUUUGAUUCUGAUAUCAGUGAGGAGUUUUUGUUCACACAAAUCGUCAAGAGUCUUGAACAGCUGGGAAAGACGGUUGAUAAACCAUACAAAAUACGAGGGUUAUUCAAGUUGAAUGGGGAGUCAUUGCUAGAGAUACAUGAAGCGCCAAGUCGUACUGACUUGUUACUGGGGUUGCACGAGGACACACUUGGCGCUGACGACCCCACGUUGUCUAAUCAUUCUGAUCCAUUGCGUGAUGAAUUGGAUGUUUACGUAAGCCCCAAAAGCUCCCUUAUAUCACCGUUUACUUCUUUCAAAACAACAAAACGGGAUGUAUAUAACGAGGCAAGGGAAAUACUUCCUGGUUUGAAACCUGGACAAGAAGAGGUUUUACUUUUCAAUUCACAAAAGCAAUUAAUGGAGGGUUCAAUCACUAAUGUUGCAAUCAAGAGAAAAAGCGACAACAAGUGGGUAACGCCGUUGUUGAGUUCUGGUUGCUUGUGUGGAGUUACUAGACACCACCUCUUACGCAAAGACUAUAUCGAAGAAGACAUCAUUCAAAUGAAGGAUGUAUCUGUUGGUGAUGAAGUUUUGUUGUUUAACGGAAUCAUGGGUGUAAAAAGGGGACGAAUUGUAGGUUAA